ACUUUCCAUCAUGAUUAGCAAGCCCACUAAGUAUACCGUAUGUAUUUUUAUGGUGCUUGAUACUUCAAUUUUCAUAGUAGAGUUUCAUGUAAUUUUCUCAAUUUUAAAAUUCUUUCUCUCUCCUUAAUUUUUGCUAAAGGUAAAUUGGCAAUUGGCUAACAUGGAAAAAACUAAUUUUGUCACUACGUGUUGCGUCCUUGCAUUUUUUUCAAUUUAAAUUUGUGGUUUUAUCUUUGUUCUUAUCUCUUUCUAACUUCCUCGGAAAUUCCCUCCAACGUACAAUAGUUUGCGCCCCUUUCACUUCCCAAUACAAGGCCGCCAUUGAAAAUCAAUUAUCCGAUAUCUCUUGGCACGUCAGUUUUAUUGUUGCGGAUUUAAGUUGGAAAAGUAAAAGAAUUUAAUAAAUAAUGGAGUUGCAGAAGGAGGAUUAGAAAUUGAAUUUUUGGUUGAAAAUAUGUCUCUUGAGAUAAUAAAAAAAUUUGGCUGUACAAGGAAGAGUGGUGGCUAUUGGAUCUUAUGUUUAUGGUUUUUACAUCUAUCACAACAUAUUUUUAUCUUAAAACGAGGAAUCAUUGAUUGAUUUAUUGAAGUAGGUCGAUUCUUUAUUCAACCUACUGGAACUGAUAGACAAGGAGUGUCUAAUUUUGUGCCUUAUUACUUUGAUUGAGUCUAUUAGUGUGUUGGAGAUAACCCUAAUUUUGUCGUUUGCUCUCAAGUUUUGAUGGUCCCCUCUUAGCUUAGUUGUUAGUAUAUAGUUGACUUGAAUCAACAACUCUCUAUUUCUUUUUUAUCAGUGGCAUAUUGUUCAUAGAAGGAGCGCAUUAAACCCUUAUGUAGGAUUGUGAGAUUUAAGAUUUAGUUUCAAACUAUUUAUGGGUCGUGUGGAAUUUCACUGAUCUUUUAUACCCUCUUUCUUGAAAACCAACUAACUAAUAACAUUUUAACGAGGGCUUAAUAAACAUUAUGAAAAUGGAAUUAAUGAUAAAUUUUAUAUUUUAUAUUCUUAAAUGAUGAUAGUAUUUCUCCGAAUGUUAGACCUAUAUAUUCUUUCUUUAUGUAUCAUCUCGAUCGAAGGAUUGUCAAUAAAAUUAAACCGGUUGAUUGGCUUAAAUGUAACAUAAAAAUAUAAAUAAUCAAAUAUGAACAUUCCGGCCAAUGGGCCGGGUUAUAAGCUAGUUGGAAAGAAGUGAAUCUUUUAUCAAAAUGCGUUAAUAAAAAAAUUCCAUAAUGCCACGCCUAUUAUAUAAAUAUCCAUAAUUUUCCAUGAAUUUGGGCUAGACCGUUGCAAUUUUCAGCAAUUUAGGAAGCGGGUCUCUGAUCUCUCAAUCUCUUGAACUUCAUGUUUUCCUCCCUCCACCAUUCUACAUACAUCUUUUCCUUUUGCUAUCUUAAUAAAACCUAAAUAAAAGUGUUUGUAAUUUGUUUAGGUUUUAGGUACAAGUUGUCAUUGUUCGUGCAACAUAAGAGUUGCAACAAGCAACAGUAGUACACUACUGCCAAUGAUAAGGUCAUCAGCGGUGUGUUCGCCUUGAUUACAGUAGAGUAAGUUGUAAUCAAGCUAAUUUUCUUGACUAAAGUUACAUUGUAUGAUAAAUUAGAAUUCUGAAUAUGGAUUGUAGGUUGUGAAUUUUGAAUGGAUGUUGUAGGUUAGGUUGGGAUUUUGAAUUUAAAAUAUUACAGGUUAGACAAGAUUCAGAGUUUAGAUGGUAGGUUAGAUUAGAGUUUACAUGAAAAUAAGAUUUCAACUACAUAUUUAGUGAAAUACUGUUCGAAUGAAAAACUUCUCACAUGGAAUUUGAUAACGAAAGAAGAUGAAUCCACUGCUUUGAAGAUUGAUAGCAAAUUCUUUGCAAGAACUAUAAUACAUGGAAGCUGGUACGUACGCUUCAGGGACGGAGCCAUGAAUUUCCAGCAUACUGAUAAGAAAAUUUUAUGAAAAAAUCUUAAUUACGAACAAAGAGUUCACAGAAAUUUUAAUAUAUGCCACUUAAAAUUGUGUCGAAUUUAAAAAGUAAUGACUUAUCUCUUCUGAAAUCAUGAUAAAAGAAUCAUGUGUUUUAUAAUACAUCAUACAUUUACCUAUUUCAUAAUUCACAAAUCUGAAUACAAUCCAUUAGUAAAAUAAGGUAGUCGAGAUUAAACCAUAUAUAUAUAUAUAUAUAUAUAGACAUGAGGAUAAAUUUUUUCUAAGAAAUACGAAGAUACAUGUAAACAAAUCGAGAAAAAAAAACUAAAUAAUAUGUAGACGGUUAAUAUUAAAAAUUGGGAGACCAAAGGCUAAGGCGCUAAGUCGUGUAAGCACCACCAACUGUGAUGAUUUAGGUGGAGAAGAGGUAAAAUAAACGACAUUAAAUAAUAUGUAGACGGUUAAUAUUAAAAAUUGGGAGACCAUAGGCUAAGGCGCUAAGCCGUGUACGCACUCACCAACCGUGAUUAUUUAGGUGGAGACGAGGUAAAAUAAGAUUAAAAUUAACGAAGCAAGGAUCGAACCAGUAAUCUUUCCCUCACAUUUAAUGUUAAUUGAGCCUUAAUAACACUACACCACAGCACAUACGAUGUGUUAUCUAUGGUACGCUUGUGAUCCUUUUGAAUUUUCACGAUCAAUCCUCAUGGUCAUAUCUUUUAGUUUCUACACAUCAGAAUUUAGCAAAAGAAACAGCAAACAGAGGAGUGUGAAUGAACCACGCCAUGCCACGAUCGACCACCACUGUGCCAUAUAACGCAGGCGACAAUUGCUUUCCUAUUUAGGGUACAACAAAAGUCCCAAAAAGAGAAAAGCCUUGAUUGCAUGAAUUUUUUUUUAAUUUUUUUUGUCAAAUCUCGAAUACAAAUGACCAUCAAUAUUAACUGUUAAUUUAAGAAUAAGGUAUGGUGAGCAUGGAAAAUUUUAAAUAUAUGAGCAUGGUAUAAAGAUCUAAAAUAAACCUUAUUCUAGCCAUUUGAGUUAUUGAAAUUAAAUAAUAUAAGAGUUGGGUUGACAAAGUGAUCGUGUGUUUCAAUUUUGAUGAUCCUAAUAAUAACAAUUGAUUUAAAUAAAAUAUAUGGUGAAUCCGUGAAAACUUCAAACCUUUGAGUUUGCUUUCAUUUAAGGAAGAGCGUUGUGUUGAUUGUAAAUAAGUUCAUAUCGUUUUUCGACCAACACUUAUAAUUCUGGUCCGGUUAAGUACCAAUCAGGCGCAUGUAAGAGACAUAAAUUAGUUAGCAUAUCCAUUAAUCCUAACUAUUAUAUAUGGUCAAAAAUUCAUGUUUUUGUAGCCAGCAUACGACACAAUGAGAAUAUAGUAUAUUUGCAGCAUAUAUAGUUUAUGUAUCUCAAAAGUAAAACUUAAAUAAUAAUAAAUUAAAUACAAUUUAUUAAUCAAAAAAUUUAAUUUUAACAAAAUAUUAGUCCUAGUCAAACCUUUCGAAAUACAUAAUAAUAACCAACUGUUAAGUUAUUGUAAAAAUUCAUCACUUCCAUUAGUUAAGGAUGAUCCGGCAAAUGAAUUUUGGGUUUUCAGUUAAAUUCCUUCUCCAGGCUAAAUAUUAGUCAAACUUUUCGCAAUUGAAUCCUAACUUCGUAGAAUUUUGUGUUUUCAGUUAAACUCCUUCUCCAGACAAAAACCCUAUAGUAGUAUCUUUGUUUCCUGUGCCGUUGUUAUUCUUGUCAGAAAUUAAAAGAUUGAACCAGACGUCGUAAGUGAUGAACAACUGCGAUAGUAUUUUGUAAAUGUCGGGACAAGAUGAGUGUGUGGCGUUGUUUAUGAAAAAUAUUUUAAUAAUACAUAUAUUUUGUCGCGACAUAAUAAGUAACGACAAUUACAGAAAAUGUUAGUUAGUCAAGAAACCAGAUGAUGAUAUAACAUCAUAUAUAACAGGGGUAAGACUAGACGAUCUCUCUUGAUAAAUUAUGUUUCUGUAUUUGAACUAUCGACGACUAUCAUGACUACAGAAAUCACUUAUCAUGACAAAGUCGUAGGCCGACUCGAUCGCUGGCAAGGGUACGUAUUGGACCUGGGUUCGCCAUGACGACUGAGUCAAUUCCAGUAAAAGCGCGCGCUAGGCUAAAGUGGCAUGCAUGAGAUUGCAGAGACAUGAAUUUCCUGUGGUGGUGGAGAUAGACAGUCAACCCAGCGCCCCGGUCCCCCAGCUGCCUUGUUUUCCCAAUUAUUGCAUCUGUCGACGUCGCCAAAAGGAUUCGGCUGACGUGUCCAUGUAUCAAUCGUUGGGGAUUAGCGGAAAUGUGGUAUGAUUUAGGAUCAAUACAAAGGAAACAUAUGGUGUUUAAUCACUCAAUUUAGGAAGCACUCACAUAAGCCUUAUACUUUGAAUAUAAUUGUGAACUCUCAAAUUGUAGAGAACACAUACACCGCAACUCUUUGUUGCCCACUCUUUUUUUUUUUUUUUCAAUUCCCUGACAACUUCCAUCCCAUACAACAUAUAUAUAUAACUGGAAAUGGAAAAACAUAAUAUUAAUACAUCACAUGGCUUCUUCUUUCACUUGCCAUGCAGAGACGACACACCACCCUCACCAUUAACCACCCAUAAUGAACCUUGGCCCCUGCAUUCAUUUGAGCACACUAGCCAUGUCUCUUAUCUUGUACAUCUGCUAUGAAUGUUGAUUGAUAAUUAAUUUAAUUAUUUGGUGGUUGUGCCUUCUCUUCAUUUCAACCUUUAAGGCUUCAUUUGAUAAUUUGAUCCAUCAAUGAACUUAGACAUACCAUGUGAGAUGCUUGAGAGAGACUUGAUUGCAAAUUAUCAAUAAACAUCAAUCCCAUAUUUUAAAUCGAUAUUGGGCAUGUGUUAGUUUGUGUACUGUAGUGUGUAUAGUCAGUCUAUAUAAUGAAGCUGCGGGCGGCCGAUUGCUCGUCAUAAUAAGAUCGGUCGAUCGAAAACACACCUUCUUAUAGCUUAGUUAUAUAUCUAAGAAAGAUUGGCUAGGGUUGGCCGGCCGGUGGAAGAUGGAGAGCGUGGCCGCCGGAGGACUAAGGAAGGGAGCAUGGACUGAAGAAGAGGAUAGGCUGCUGCGUCGAUGCAUUGAGGUUUACGGCGAAGGCAGAUGGCAUCAGGUUCCCGUUCGUGCAGGAUUGAACAGAUGUAGGAAAAGUUGUAGGCUGAGGUGGCUGAACUAUCUGAAGCCAAACAUCAAGAGAGGAGAGUUCUCAGAUGAUGAGGUUGAUCUCAUAAUCAGGUUGCACAAGCUGUUGGGUAACAGAGCAUGCCAUCAGACCUUGAGUGUGUCACCUACACCUCCAUAUUGUUGGCACAACCAAGAGAGUAGUAUAUGUUGUUAUAUGAACAAACAGAGAGACUUGUUACUUGGAUUCCUUUACUUAUUGAUUGGAUUCAUUUCCAAUAACAAUUAGAUAUGUAAUAUAUGUUGUUAUAUGAACAAACAACAAGUUCUAUAAAUACUCUAUUGUUAACGAAUAACAGGUUAUACUCGGUUUUUUAUUAUGAUUAAAUCGUUAUUGAAUGUACUUUGCGGUCAUGUAUGCGGUUGCGGUCCAAACCGCACCAAAUCACUAAUUUAUGCGGUUCGAUUAGACCGCACCAAUUAGAUUGCGGUCUUGUAUGCUGCGCGGUCCAAUUAUUUGCGGCGAUGCAGUUUAUGUUAAUGUGGUGUGGUGCGGUUUGGACCGCACCAAUGCCCACCCCUAGUUCACACGCUUCCUUUUUCUCAUGAAAAGCAAAAAUUACAUCGACCGUAGCUAGCUAGAUACAUUGUCAUUUUGUUCAUUAUUAGUAUUUGUUUCACUGCUUCAUGUUUUUGCGAACGUGGCCCCAAUUACGACCGUUGCCUCGUCAGUGAGAAGGAAAAAAUGGAAAUCUAAUUAAGGUUCACCCAAUGGUAACCAUCAAACACACGAGUUGAUGUCACAGAGACGAAAUCAUUAGAAGUAACAAACGCCAACUUAUCAUCAUAAACCUGCCUCAGGGAUUGGAUAAAGUGUGUCACGUUUCGGACAUCAAUUGGAUGCACAGAUUUUGCGGUCGUUUUCCGACGGAACAGCGGCCGGUCGGCCCCCCUGAAGUUCGGAGCUGUUAACGUCCCGCAGCUGACAGACAAUCUCUAUAAGUGUUUGUGUUUUUCUUCUUCUUCUUCUUUCCUAUUGAAGAUGAAUAAGUUGACAGAAGCCAAAAGGGUUUCCAUCAAAGCAAAUCAACAGUUUAUUAUUCAAAACAAGAUAGACGAAACGAGAAGGUAUCUUAGUUUUUGUCCUUGUAAGCGGCAAAGUCAAGACCCCGACACUUCUCGGUGACUUGCACGGACCGAUCUUUUCAGUCCGGACAGAAUCUGGCCCAAUAUCUUUCACCGGGGAAAUAAAAUAAAACAAUAAUAAAAAAAAUUAUGAAUUUCCUAUAUAUAAUAAUAAUAAUAAUAAUAAUAAUAAUAAUAAUAUGUAGGUUGUUUUAAUCUAAAACGACAAUGUAUGUAACAUCUCGAACCUUUUCCAACAAUAUACUGUCGGUUAUGGGUCCAGGCCCUCAAAGAAUUUGUUUAGGGUGCAUAUGAAGGUAAAUUUUGAUUAGGUCGCCCAUCAUUGCACUGUUACACAGUGUACACGUUUAAUUUCACAGUUCUUACAAGUUACAAGAACUCUUCAUUGCAGCAAAAACGUGUUUUAUCGGUUAAUGCUGCCAGUGUUUUACUUAUGAAUCAUAAAUCUAACCCGUAUUUUGUUGAUAUGGAAUUCUCCUAGGGGUCGUUUGCUUGAGUCAUUUGUAUGAGUCAUUUGAUGUUAAAAGACUCGUUUGCUAAAGAAAAAAUGCAUAAGUCAUUUCGUUCAUACGAAAGUCCUAAAUGACUCUAUCAAGUCAUUUCCAAAUACCUCCUAUCCAUGAGGCAUGAGUCAUUGCCAAAUGACUCAUUAUUUAGUUCAAAUGUUCUAACUAUUUUCUUGUCUAUUUUAUGUAAACCCAGUUCUAUCCUUCUCUUUCUAUUAUUUGUUUUCUAUGUAGUCAUUGCUCCGUCGUCUCCCCUCGGAUUUAUAUUUUCUCUCCCUCAAAUUUCAUUGACGCGAAGAAGAGGGUCAUCCACGUAACAUCGCAUCAUUUUCUUCCACCAACACUACCAUUUGUAAUUAGCUUAAACUUCGAGAUUUAUGAAGGUGUUAUCUUUUGUAAAAAAAAGUUAACAUAUAAUUAUUAAUUAAAGUUAGAAAGUAGUAUUAUACAUGGCAAACACCCAAAUAAUAUGUUUUGUUGGUUGCAAAAUGAUUUUGUUUAUAUGGUUGGCUUUAUUAUAAUAGGAAACAAAUUAACAUAACAAUUUUUAAAAAAAUUUAAACAAACAAUGCAUUUGUAA